ACAAGAAUCAGAGAGAUAGAGAGAGAAAGAGGGAGGGAGAGAGGGAGCACGAGCGGAGGAGAGGAGAGACCGUGUGUGUGCGUGUCCGUGUGCGCGCAUGGAUUGCACCACUGCAUCCCCGUCCACCGUUUCUGCAGGCGGCCAUGCUCCGAUGGAGAGAAUAAACCCGGCAACCUUUUUCUUUUCCUCAGAUGUAUCCACCGCCCAGUUGUUCCAGAUGUGACUGACAAAGCCGUUUUAUGACGCCCGCAUUGAGUCUCGUGCUGUUCAUCUCGGUGAGACUGUGACACCAUGGCUUUGGUGAUGGAACCUAUAAGUAAAUGGACACCAAAGCAAGUGUUGGACUGGAUGAAAGGUCUGGAUGACUGUCUGCAGCAGUACGUGAAGAGUUUUGAGCGGGAGCAGAUGGGAGGAGAGCAGCUGUUGCACAUCACCCAUCAGGAGCUGGAGGAGCUGGGUGUCACCAGAAUAGGACAUCAGGAGCUCAUCCUGGAAGCUGUCGACCUCCUCUGUGCCCUGAACUACGGCUUAGAGACAGAGAACCUUCGAACUCUGUCCCACAAGCUGAACGCGUCAGCCAAGAACCUCCAGAACUUCAUCCUGGGCAGGCGAAGGGGUGGACACUAUGACGGACGAGCCUCCCGGAGGCUGCCCAAUGAUUUCCUCACAUCAGUGGUGGAUUUAAUUGGUGCAGCCAAGAACCUGUUAGCCUGGCUUGACAGGUCUCCGUUUGCCAGUGUGACAGAGUAUUCAUUACUAAAGAACAACAUUGUGCAGCUCUGCUUAGAACUGACCACCAUUGUGCAACAGGACUGCACUGUGUACGAGACGGAGAAUAAGAUUCUUCACGUGUGUAAGACCUUAGCAGGGAUAUGCGACCACAUCAUCUCUCUGUCGUCGGACUCUCUGGUCUCUCAGUCCGCCCAUCUGGAGGUGGUCCACCUUACCAGCAUCAUGCCUAACGAAGGGCUGGGGAUGUAUAUCAAAUCCACGUACGACGGACUUCAUGUCAUCACUGGAACCACAGAGAAUUCUCCAGCAGACCAGUGUAAGAAGAUCCAUGCAGGGGAUGAGGUGAUCCAAGUCAACCACCAGACAGUGGUGGGAUGGCAGCUGAAGAACCUGGUGAACGCUCUAAGAGAAGACCCGUGUGGAGUCAUCCUCACGCUGAAGAAAAGACCGCAGAACACCCUGAGCUCCACUCCAGCGCUGCUCAGGAACGUCCGCUGGAAACCUCUGGGCCUACAGCCGAUCCCCACCAGCCCCACCAGCACGUCUCCGACACCCGGUGGGACCUUAGGCAUGUCCAAAAUGGACGGGCCGAGCAUGCAGGACGUGUACAUCCUCUCUCCCGUCUCCGGACUCUACAGCACCAGGGAGGAGAUGGGUCUAAUGUCAUGUGACGACAUCAGCCGCUACAGCGUGAGCUCCCAGUCCGGCUCCAAAGGUUCAGAGGCAGUCAGCUAUUUCCUGGACCAGGACAGCGGUCAGUACUUCUCCCUGCUGGAAGGAGACGGACUCCCGGGGCCCGACUACGACCGGGCCCGCAAUACGGGAGUGCGGCGGCGGGACAAGACCCCGACCCACGGUGACCUCAGACCCGUUUCCAUGCCUCCUGAAUAUAACUGGAUGGCGGAGGCCAAGGAACCCAGCUUGGGCAAGAGAGGGAGCCGAGAUUCAGACAACUCUCUGCUGCGUUACCUUAGUGACGACAAGAUCCUGGUGAUCGAAGAGGAGCCCGAGGGCCCUGGUCGGGAAAGCCGGCGGGAUUCCACCCGACGCUCUCGCCGCAAAAGUCGUAAUCCCAGCAGCCCCAGCUUUCCCAUCAGUCCUUCCAUGCUGUCCUCCACCCUGCGUCUCGACCAGCCACCUGAACCUCUGCCUCGAGGUGCAGACACACUGCGGGCGGACACGACAGAUCGGUACUCGGGUUCAGGGAGCUCAGGAGCUGCCUCCAUGAGGAAGUCUUUCCAUUACACAUCUUUAAGAACAAAAACCAAAAAGAGAAGUAAAGGCUCCCUCACAAGUGCCAGUCGAAGGAGAAUCUCCUGCAAGGACCUCGGCCACGGCGACUGUGAGGGCUGGCUGUGGAAGAAGAAAGAUGCGAAAGGCUACUUUACCCAAAAAUGGAGAAAAUAUUGGUUUGUCCUCAAAGAGUCCUGCCUGUACUGGUACACCAACCAAAACGAUGAGAAGGCCGAGGGCUUCAUCAGCCUCCCCGAGUUCAGAAUAGACCGAGCCAUAGAGUGCAGACGGAAAUUUGCCUUCAAAGCCUGUCAUCCCAAAAUCAAGAGCUUCUUCUUCGCCACAGAUUGUCUUGAGGAAAUGAACAGGUGGAUGAACCGACUGGGGCUGGCUGCUAUUGGCUACACACCAGAUGACAAGGUGCCACGCCCCGACGAAGACUACUGGAGUGAGAGUGAUCAAGACGACGUUGAUGGAUCAAUGACGCUCAAACAGGAGGGACCCUCAUCCCUCUGUGAUACUUACCACCGCACACCAUCAUCCAACCUCCUCCAGAGUUAUGACCAGCUGCCCCGCUCGCUGAGCUCCAUCAGCCUCAUGCGCUCCACUCCAUCCCCACUCCCUCCACCUCUGAGUGCCUCCACCUCCCCCAUUCCUCCACAGAUGGUCUCUUCCACCUCCCCUCUCCCUCUCCAGGUCAAUUCCUCUAGCCCCUUCCCGGAGCCCAAGCACGGCCGACAUUUCUCCAGCGAGUCCACCCACUCCCACUCCUCGGCCGAGGACCAGCGUGGCGACGGCAUGGGCAUGGGCACGGGCACGGGCAGCACCAGCACCCACUCGUCCGGCUGCCGCUCCUCCCAUCGCGAGCGCCGCUCCUGGCAGGACCUCAUCGAGACCCCGCUGACCAGCGCGGGGCUGCACUUCCUCCAGACGGCCCCGGCGGAGAGUGAUUACGGGGGCGUGAUGGGGAGCAUGGUGGGAGAGAUGGGGUUUUACGGGGGACUGGGCAGACAGGGAAUGUCCCCCGAGAGGCGGCGGCAGGCCACGCUGCCCGUACGGAGACACCACGCCGCGGAGAGGGACAGGGAGCGGGACGGGCCCUUCCCCCUGGAGCGGGGGCCCUACACACACAGCCACACACACCGACGCUCCCACAAGCAGCGCAGCCAGAGUCUACCCAGGAACAGGGAUCCCAUGCCAGGAAAACUGUCACACACUGCCGCUCACAUGGAAGAGAGGAGUGAGGACGAGGAGGCGGAGGGGCAUUCUGCAGAGAUGCUCGAGGGGGAGGAAGUUUCAGACCUGCGGGAGUUGAGAGUGGAGAGCAGAGAGAGGAGGGUGUCGGAAGGAAGAGAGCGGCGGGUGUCGGAGUGCCGCGAGGCCGAGCCCCUGGACGGCCUGGAGCAGCUGUACCGGGCGCUGGAGCAGGCCAACGUGACGGUGCUGGGAGACCCCAAACCCUGCAGCAGGCAGGAGCUCCGCCGCCUCUUCACCCACAGAGCCAGGGACCCCCUGCUCAACGACCGGAUACACCGGGUCCGAGCCCUCCGCAGCACCUUGAAGGCCAAAGAGUCGGAGCUGGCGGUGAUCUGUGCCCUCCUGGAAGACCCUGGCUUGUGCUCCCAGAGCUUCAGGGAGUGGAAGCAGUGGCACAGCGACCUGUACUCGGACAUCUGCCAGCUCAGCCUGGGCACCAACGGCCAGGACGACCUCUCCCCGCUGGCGGCGCCGCUCAUGACCCACACACACUCCUUCAUCGAGACACACGUGUGAGCGAGGGACGGGGGGCCGAGGCCCGACCCAUAUGCACAUCCACUGACACGGCCACGCGGAGCUGCACGUCAGCCACGCCCUCAGAGCUGAGCACCACUCUGAGCAUGCACACACACACACACACACACACACACACACACACACACACACACACACACACACACACACACACUGUAAGAUGUGUAAAUAUCAUAGAGGGAACAGUCUGAAACCUGCGUGUAUGAACUUUUGAUAAUCCCGAGGACCCCGCAGGGUGCCUACUGCAUGCCUGAAGAGAAAGCAUUAAUCUUCCUUUGUCUUUGGAACUCAGCAGAAAGUCCACACGCUUGUUGAGCAAAACAGGAAACACUGAGACUUUUUUUCAACAUGUUUUCUUUUCUUUCUCCUUUUUAUUGCUUUAGUUUUGCUUUUUUGCCCUUGAUUUCAGGGGGUUAGGGGGAGCUAUGUAGCAGCAAUACAGAGGAGAAUCAUUUCCACCACAACACUGUACUUUUGUAACUCAAGAACUUUGCACCCAGAGCCACCAGUUCUCCCCCUUUCUCUCAGCGUUUUGUUUCGUUUCUUCUCUUUCAUUUCCUCUCACAUUGCAUAUCUCGUGGAUUCACAGUGACCUCACUGUGAAUCCAUCCCUGGGGAUGGUUUGGGGGGAAGUGUAAGGCCAUCGGUGCUGGGUCCUGCGUUUUAGCCAUUUCUCUGGGAACUCGUGAACUCCAGCAUCACAGGCACCGAGGAGCAACCGCGCCAGCCACGAGCACGUGAUUUCAAACUGUGAAGCGCUCCGAAUCCCCUGUUCCCCCCCCCCUGCAGAAGGACUUUCCCCUGUUGGAGCACAUUUCUACUAUUCUGUUAGCACCCUCUCUCCCUUUCACCCUUUCUUUUUUCUCCUUUUCAUUUCCAUGAUUUCCAUCUUUGCUUUCUCUCCCUCUCUGGUCCUCUUAGACUUGUGUAUAUGUGUAUACUGAUGUACAUGUGUGCGUUCCACUACCACUGUGAUAAGCUUCUAGAGGUAGCGGAGGAAAGGCCGACAGUUUGUAUUUUUGCGUGGGUGCAAACGACUAUUUUGGUUUGUUUUGUUUUGUUUUUUCCUUAAAUCCGUGAAUGCAAGAACUCGAGAGUUCUUUUCAAAGGAGUCACUCACAACAAAGAAUGCACUUUCUAUAUCUCUAUAUCUCAUUGGCUGCAUCACGGGGUUUAUGUCUCAUCAGCCUCCUUACCAUUGCUGUCCAAAUAUCAGGUAAAAUGCAUUUGCCGUCUCAUUUUCUAAAGAUUUGUGUACAGUCUACAAAUAUAUUUAAACAUAGGAGAAUAUAUAAAUCUAUUUACGUUUUGUGUCAUAGAUAUAAUGUAAAGUAUAAUGUAUUCUAUGCCAAGGUUUUGCAGUGUCCCCUUCUUCACUCUGUCAACGCAGGGUGCUCAGCAGUUGUACAACAAAUAAACAUCACUGACAGCUGAUUGACAGUUUUCCCGGUGCACAUCACGACCGAUUCUUCUCGCGGUGAUGUGCUGGACGCGGAAAGGCCUGGGACUGGUUUGAGACGGACAGGGUUAAAUACUGUGGCUCAUUUGUGAGUGGGUUUUGUUUCUUUUUCUAUCCUCUUUUUAUGUUUGCAAGAUAAUUUUACCUGUAGCGCAUGACACAUGCAAAAGUGCUGUUGACUUUAUUUAUAUGUUCACAGGUUUGAAGUCUUCUUUUUUCAUUAGAUAGUGUUUGAAGACACUCACUGUACAACUGUGGGAGGUGUUUUGACUGCUCAGUUCCUCACACUAAUGCAGACAUUUCUUUAGCGUCCAAAACAGAAGGUUUCCGUUCGUUGUUUUUGCUUCACGAAGAGACUUGAUUGGGUGUUUAAAGGCUUCAGAAAUCUUACAGUUGAUACUUCAGGUGCAUUUACCUCUAAAAUUUAAGUUUUUGUGACAUUCCUUGCAAGCAUAUGGGUGAUUUUGGACGGUUGGAGACCCAUCUUCACUAAAUGGUCUGUAAUGCCCGUUAAAAUUGGAUGAAUCAUGCUGUCUGCAAUACCAGGCCAAGGACUCUAUGGCGCCCCCCAGUGUCCACGACUCUGAGAGACAUGUGUAGCACCUGCUGCAUCCAGCACUUAUCUGUACUGAAUCUUCAUAUUUGAUUGUAGUUUUUGUGUAGAUUUUCAUCAUGUCACACUAAAGUGAAAUAUCAGACACAGAGAUAUAGCUCAUGUUUUUUUUUUUGAAUGGUUAAUUUGAGAGUACCACAAAGAAACUAAAUGAUGCAAGCACUUUCCCUGUGCCUCCCAACUCUCUCUCUCUCUCUUUCUUUCUCUCUCUCUCUCUCUUUCUCUCUUUGGCAACAAAGUACUGACUGUACGGGUGUUUCUACACACAGACACGCGCGCACACACACACACACACACACACUCACAGCCGUAAGAAGAGUUACAGUACAGCUCGAGUCUGCAGACGUCUCUCGGUUUCUCAUCGGUAGUGUUGGUCUUCUUUUCCCAACGCUGCUCCUCUGAACGGACGGCUUACUGUAAGGUUGAAGAGUUCUGAGAGUUUUAUUUUGCAGGCACUGACUGUGUUAUCCCUCCCAGGUCGCUGUGUGUGCAGACCUGCAGAAACAGGUCGAAAAGGGAGAUUCCACUGUGUGUUCUUUCAGGGGUGUACACCUCAUGGUACAUUGCACAGGUGUGUAAGAUGUAAGUUGCACUGCGACAUUAAAAAAGGAACAUAUUGCUCUUUUUCAAUGAUUAUAUUAGCCUACUGUUAUUCUGUAAAUUAAACUGAUGAAAGAUGAUAUUAAAAAAAAGAAAGAAAAUGACAUUUAUUCUUCCUAAAGUAGCCUUUUUUGGUUUCAUAUACUGUAUAUGAAUAUAUAUUACAAAAAAUACAGAUUGUAAACAUAGGUUGUUAAACUUUGACUUCA